AUGACAGACUCACCAACCCCCAAACAACACAUCGCCCACACCCUCCUCUCCCGCGCCCACUCCCCAGAUAGCGCAACCCAACAAUUCACCGAGCGCAUCAAACAAAAACCACUCUACCUCCGCCCAACCUCACCCUCAGCCUCUGACAACCGAUCUCGCCGCCGCCUGCACCGACUUCAAAAGAAAGAAUACUUCCGGCGCCACCAGCGCCCGCAACCUUUAUCUGCGCGCGAAAAGCGGUCAUCCGGGCUACAUGACUUGCCAAAGGACGAAUGCAAGUAUGCGAUCUUUAAGGGCCUGCAUGAGCUGUGGAUUAGCUAUAUGCAGGAGCUUCUGGACCUUGGAGGGUCUGCAGCUAGGGGUAGGUGUUCAUUGACGCCUUCGUCGCAUGGUGCGAAGCUUGUUAGUGCGGAUUAUCAUGGGGCGGAGGUGGAAGUUGUGAGGAGUCGGUCUUCGGGGAGGGUGGGGUUGAAGGGGAUUGUGGUGAGAGAUACGAAGUUUACGUUUGUGAUUGUUACGGCGAAGGAUGAGGUUAAGAGUAAGUGGUAUCUUGUUACUGUUGUUGUUCUUGCGUAUUGUUACUUGAAACUAACGGGUUUGAAUGAUUAUAGCGAUUCCGAAAGAACAUACGGUCUUCAAAUUUACUGUGCCGCUGCCAGUACCGACGAGCGAGGAGUCUGCUCAUGA